AUGGGAAGAGCACUGACUAACAUUGAAGUUGCAGGUCGGCUUAUUAAAUGGGCCACAGAAUUGAGAGAAUAUGACAUACAGUACCAGCCGCGCACUGCUAUUAAAGCACAAACCCUGGCAAAUUUCUUAACAGAGAUACAUCAAAUCAGCCCUGAAGAAACAUGGAAGAUCUAUGUGGAUGGAUCUGCUAAUCAUCAUAGAAGUGGGGUCGGGGUCUUAGUAAUAUCUCCUCAAGGAGAUAUACUCCAGGUGGCAGUACGAUUGAAUUUCCGAGCCACGAAUAAUGAAGCAGAGUAUGAGGCUUUAUUGGCUGGACUGCAAGCAGCUCGGCAUGUCGGGGCAGUUCGGGUAAUCAUCUAUUCAGAUUCCCAGUUGGUGACUCAGCAGGUUACAGGCAACUUUAUUAUAAAUGGUGAUAAAUUGCAAAUGUAUCAAGAAGCUUAUGAGAAGAUGAAGGCAGAAUUUGCAGAGGUCACUGUGACAAAGAUACCCAGGGCAGAGAAUCAGCGGGCAGAUGAAUUAGCAAAGAUGGCCAAAGCAACUAUGGAUUGGCGGGCACCUGUGAUCAGUUAUCUCCGGCAAGGUAUCUUACCUUCAAAUCCCGAAGAAUCUCGAUUGGUAAGGAGACAGGCUCAUGCUUAUGUCAUGAUUGGGGACCAGCUCUACAAGAGGUCUUUCUCUCAACCCUUACUUAAAUGUUUGAGUAGGGAGGAAGCUGACCAGGCCUUGCGAGAGAUACAUCUAGGAUGCUGUGACAAUCAUGUGGGCGGUCGAACAUUAUCUCGCAAGGUGCUCUUGGCCGGGUAUUUUUGGCCUACUUUACAGAGGGAUGCUCACAAACUGGGCAUGGAUAUCGUGGGACCAUUUCCAAUGGCACCAGGUCAGAGGCCCUUCUUGUUGGUGGCCGUGGAUUACUUUUCUAAGUGGGUAGAAGCAGAAUCCCUGGCCCAGAUUACGGAAGAUGCUGUCAUCCAGUUCUUGUGGAAGAACAUCCUUUGCAUAUUUGGUAUUCCUCACAAGCUGGUGUCCGACAAUGGAAGACAAUUUCAAGGACAAAGAAUACAGGCUUGGUGCAAGGAAUUUGACAUAACGCAAGAAUUCACUUCAGUCGCUUAUCCUCAAAACAAUGGUCAGACCGAGGUAAUUAAUAGAGAAAUAGUUAGGGGUCUGAAGGUCAAGCUAGAUCAUGUCGGAGGCAAUUGGGUGAAAGAGCUGCCAAGCAUUCUGUGGACCUAUCGUACAACACCCCGAGAAAGCACAGGUCUGACACCGUUUCACUUGGUUUAUGGCAAUGAGGCAGUGGUACCCAUAGAAAUUGGGGUGCCGUCGGUCAGAAGGAUAUUAUAUGAUUAA